UUCCAGCUAAUAUACCCAUGAAAGACGAAGCCUGCAUGAUGCAGGCAGUGGAUGGAGCAGCUUCUCAAACAGCUGAGCAAGGAACAAACAGGCCACCACAAGGAAAUGUAGCGCAGGGUGUCAUGACAUCUCGGAUAACAGCUCCAACAGCAACAGAACAUGUAAACCUCUUGUUAGUUGGCUGCAAAGAUAAUGGAAAGAGCAGCACUGCUAACACUAUUCUCGGGAAGGACAUCUUUGCUGUUUCUUCCUGGGAAGGUGGGACAGAGAAGCAUCAAACAGAUGAAAUAAGCGUCGGUGCACCACCAUGGCCAUGGGAUAAGGGCCCAGAGAUAAAAGUUAGUGUGACAGAUACACCAGGAGUGUCUAGAGAGAUGACAGAGUCAGAGUUCAAGGAACUAGAGGCAGCAGUGAAAGAGAGCCAAGAAGGAUUUGAUGCGAUCGUUCUGAUGUGGUCAACUAACACUUUUAGGAACGAAGAAGAAGAAGAGAAUGUCUUCAAGUCCCUGCAUCGCAUGUUUGGCAAUUCCUUGUACAACCAUUUGGUCAUCAUCGUGACUGGUGUCAGACAGAAUGUUAUCCCAAAAUACUGUAAACGUCUUCCAGAAUCCCUGAGGUACAUAAAAGAAAAGUGUCAUACUAUUCUUGGCAUUGACAACAAUAGAAAGGAAGAAAACGGAGAAAGAAUAUGGGAGCUUAUCCGAAGCUCACAACAAAUUAGCCGCAAAUGGGGAAGGUACAAGGAGGAGCAUCUGUCGAAAGAGUGCCAGGCCCUACCUCUGGGUGAUGAGCUGAGGAUAGCGCUGGUUGGAGUGACUGGAGCAGGAAAAAGCAGCACGGCGAACACCAUCGUGGGAGAGAAAAAGUUCAAAGCAUCAUCGGGAGCCUCCUCAAAGACCAAAGGAUGUUCUUAUGAGAAAAGGAAGAAAGGUGAUCGGGAGAUAGCUGUUGUGGACACACCUGGGGUCUGGGAUACGCAUGAUAGUAUGGGGGACAUAUGUGAAGAGAUUUCCAGAAUAACAACUAUCUUCUCAGCUGGCCUCCAUGCACUCCUACUUGUGGUCUCUGUUGGCAGAUUUACAGAACAAGACGUGAAGGUAGUAGAGAUUCUUAAAGAGAUAUUUGGUGAAGCAUUCAUGAAAUAUGUCGUGAUUGUGCUGACUAAUAAGGAUAAGAUUGUUAAUGAUAAGGAGUUCAAAGGUGAUGUUACCAAGUUUAUCCAGACAGUGCCACAGACAUUGCAAAAUCUGCUAAAAGAAUGCAAUGGUCGAUAUGUUGCCUUCGACAACAAAGCCAAAGACGAAACAGUAAAAAGAGUGCAGCUCACAGAAUUGGUCCAAUUGCUAGAUGAGGUUGUUAGAAGCAAUGGUGGGGUUCCCUUUAGAGAUAUCACAUUUCACGAGGGCCAACAUGAAAAAGACAAAAUCAUAGAGGAGAUAAUGACGCGGCGUCAAGAAGUUCCUAUUCCCCCUCGCACCCAUGGUGAAGUAGAUGAAGGGUUCGGAACGAAGAUCAGCAAGGGAAUCAGACAUAGAGUUGAGAAGUUCGCUCACAGGAUGAUAGACGCACAUUACCUUGAAAAAAGGCCCAAUAUGGUGGAAGACUGUUCCAUGCAGUAA